AUAUUUAUUUAUAUAUAUGUACAUAGGUGAAGCGAUGCCAGCUCCCCUCUGCAAGCUUUUAGUUCAGUUGACGCUAAAAAAUGCCUUCAAAGUAUUGAGAAGAAGACAAAAUAGUGGCGAUGUCAACGAACCAGUCCUGAUUCCUUUUCAUUUCAGCUUCUGGGUAUCAUGCUUGCUAGCCAAUCAUUAAGAUUGGAUGUACAGCGAUCAUAAAGAGUCCAUUUAGCUCUGCAAUACCUUACCUUUUUCCAAAUUUACUUCUAUUACUAAUUUUGAAAUCUGCUGCAUGAUUGAUGUCAUGUCUCUGUUGUCAAAAUUACGUUGCAUCACUGUGGAUGUCACCGGUACGCUCAUAGCUUACAAAGGUGAGCUUGGUGACUACUAUUGCAUGGCAGCAAAAUCUGUUGGACUGCCAUGCCCUGACUACAAGCGUGUACAUGAAGGCUUCAAACUUGCAUAUACAGAUAUGGCCAAAAAGUAUCCAUGUUUUGGGCAUGCAGCAAAAAUGCCUAACAUUGUCUGGUGGAAGAUGUGUGUGAGAAAUUCCUUUAUCAAGGCUGGAUAUGAUUACGAUGAAGAGACUUUUGAGAAAAUCUUCAGGCGCAUAUAUGCCUCAUUUGGUUCAUCUGCACCUUAUAGUGUCUUUCCAGACUCCCAACCAUUCCUAAGAUGGGCACGUGAAAAGGGUCUUCUAGUUGGGCUUGUUAGUAAUGCAGAAUAUCGAUAUCAGGAUGUGAUACUUCCAGCCUUGGGUUUGGAUCAGGGGUCAGAGUGGGACUUUGGUGUAUUCUCUGGUCUUGAAGGUGUAGAGAAGCCAGACCCAAGGAUUUAUGAAAUUGCACUUGAGAGGGCUGGAAACAUUGCACCAGAAGAAGCUCUGCACAUAGGGGAUAGCAUGCGGAAAGACUACACACCGGCAAAGGGCGUGGGGAUGCAUGCAUUACUGUUGGAUAGGUUUAAGACUCCUGAUGCUGAGGAGUGGAGAAAAUCUGGUGCAGUUGUGCUUUCUGACUUGGUGUCUGUACAAGAAUUGCUCACCUUCGGGACAUUGACAUGCUGAGGGGCUUAUUUCUUCCCCAAAGCUGCUGUUAUGUGCAUUUUUUCCCCUUUUGAUAAAUGAAAAUUUACAAUACCUGAGUUGCUGGUAUCAAUCUCCUUGAACUUUGAUAAAUUUGCUGUAUUAUCAUCUCACAGCACAUCAAGACCAAAAUUCUGGGAUUUGAGAGGAAAGAGUGAAUGUCAAUUCUGUAAUAGCAAAUAAAGCUAAAUCAAUGUCAACUUCUGAAGUA